AUGUACUAUGACGCAUCGGACGUACAAAAGCUAGAGUCGGAGAAAGUUGAUAGUAGCUUGUGCUUUGCAUCCUCUGCUUUAGGCUGGCUGUUAGGGCCUGCUUCGUGCGAAGUGAUGCCUUCUCCGAACUACAAUCAUUUUCGCCCAUCCUCAGCCCCUGCCGGCUCAUUUUAUGACCAGCGGCAAGGGUAUUUUGAUAUCUUCGCCACGUCAGGUACCCAGGAACUCUCUUCCGAGUCUCAAUCAGUCUCGCUGCCACACCUACCAUUGUCUCUUUUACCUCCACCUCAUCUUUCUCCCGCUUCAGGGGUUAUCUCUCCCUCUCACGAAUCUACUCAUCACGAUCAUAUUCCCCGACCGCCUAACGCCUUCAUGCUAUACCGUUCAGAUUUUCUUAAGAAAGGUGUCAUACCUUCCCAUGUCGAGCGACGUCAGCAAAAUCUCAGUCGCAUUGCUGGCGAAUGCUGGAAUAUGUUAUCCGACGAAGACAAGUCAUAUUGGCACGCCAAAGCAGCGAAAAUUCACGCCGCUCAUUACGCGCAAUAUCCUAAUUACAAGUUCAGGCCCAGUCCUCGUGGGAUCAACAAAAGGAACCAGAGGGCGAAAGACAAGAUGAGGCGGUCGACAACUGAGGACACGGGAAGCGAUAGGAUACGCUCUUUGAGAGAGAAGUACACCCAGUUGAAUGGACCCGCUGUUGCUCCUGCGCGGCGGAGACGUCGGGUGCCUCGUAGCCAGAAACUACUAUACGGCGAAGACCUUUUUGCGGCAGUUAACACCCCACUCCCACCUUCCAUUCCCGCCACUCCUGCAGCGUCACCCUCGCCAAUACAAUCUUCCCUUCCGUACAGCACUGCAAAGAUGUCGCAAGACGACAUCCCCAGUUCCCCUAAUAUGAUAUGGGACCAGGAGCCCCAGGGCCAAACUCUAUCUUUGGAUUUAUCUAGGCCGUCGUCUGCAGCUGGUUCUGAGACAGGUUUAUCCGAGUUGAUGCAAGAUCUUGAUAUUACUCCGACAGCGGCGACUUUUCAGCAACGGAGCCCGAUGGCCAUUGAUUCAGAUAACGCUACUUGGCCAUCUUUGGCAUACACUGAGGAUAUGUCUCUAAAUUACGGUGAUAUGCUUGGUCUUCACCAGCUACAGCUACCGUUCUACAACAUCAAUUAUGCUGAACUCCCGGGCCCAUCACCUAACCUUGGUUAUCCAUGUGGGAAAGCCGGCGAUCACCUCCACAGCUUCUAUUCUGACCUCCCAGGACCUGCCGCUUGCGAUCCAUUCUGCUACGGACAAUCCACUCCCGAAUCUGUAUCUGUGGAUUUCAUGGCUAAUGGAGAAUGGACCAUGCAAGAAGCUUUGUCACAGAAGUAG